GAAGUUUCCUGCGCCAGCAGUCAUUCAGAUUGCAGCUGUAAUUUCUGCUAAACUUAUCAGGAAUUGCUUGUUGAACGUCGCUGCCAUCCAUCGAUCAAGCAUUCGAGCUAGCGCCGACGUCAAGACCAGCAAGAAGAUUUUUUUGUUCCUUAGCAAACUAGCACAAUGAAUAUCAACGGAGGACAAGACUGGGAUACCGUGGUGAUCCGGAAGAAGGCUCCCAAAGCCGGGACAGUGAACAAGGACAAGGUGGUCAAUGACGCUCUGCGAGCAGGAGCGCAGAUAGAGGCUGUCAAAAAGUUUGGGGCUGGUGCAAACAAGGUCACCGGCGCUGGCAAGGACGCGGCUAAACUCGAUAGGGAGACAGAAGAACUGCAUCACGAUCGCGUGCCAACAGAGCUGAAGAAGCGGAUACAAACAGCGAGGCUAGAAAAGAAGCUCACUCAGGCGCAGCUGGGGCAGCUCAUCAAUGAGAAGCCAAAUGUGAUUCAGGAGUAUGAGAAUGGCAAAGCUAUUCCUGCGCCAGCUGUGCUGUCCAAGCUGUCUCGCGUGUUGGGAGUGCAACUGAGUGUGAAGAAGAAGUGAUGCAGUCCAAUGGCCGUCUCUGUAUCCCUACUUAUGCAGCAGAACAGAACUGUAACCGAUGGUAUUAGUGAGCAGCACAAACGCACUCCGGAGCUUUUCAUAGAGCAGCAGAUACAGGAGCUCUGCUAUAGUCUUCUAGGGGCGUCAAUGGUGCAUGCAAGAUUGCACAGCAGUGUGGGGGUGCUUCGAGUAAUUCAGCCACUUGCGGUCCCAAAAAAUUGUAGUAAGGAUGUGGGACUGGUAAAUGACCUGACGUGUGCAUCAUGCAUGCCUUAGUCUAGCUCACCAAAUGGAUGCCAUGGGCUCGAGUUCGGUCUCCUAUUCUUUGUGCUAUCUGCAAAUUCCUUUUGAGACUGCUCGAGCGUGACCUUGCAGCGCGCUCUUGAGCUUUGAGUCCGCGCCUGAACAUGUAACAUUAACGCUGCUGC